AUGUUUCAUCAACUUCCUAAUGAUUGCUUAAAAGAAAUUUUUGAGUUUUUGGUGAAAGAUAAGGCGACCUUAUGUUCAUGCUUACUAGUUAACCGUCUUUGGUGUUUGGCGGUUGUUCCAUUUUUAUGGACAAGUAUUCAUAAUUUUAGAACUUUCUUCACUUGUCUACCUCAAGAAUCAAAAGAAAUUUUAUACGAGAAUCAAAUUAUCGUUUCACCUCCAACUCAAAGAUGUUUAAUCUUUAAUUACGUUCAAUACAUCAAAACAUUCUCAAACGCCGAGAUUUGUAAAGGCAUAGCAUUCCUUCUGAAUAAUAAUUCUAACAAUUCGCAAGACAAUGACAUCUGUAAAAAUAUCAUAGCGGCACAAGAAAUUUUUAAGAUGCUUGUGAAACAAAUAUCUCUGAAAAGAUUAUUCUAUUACACUUACACUUCCAACUUUUUAUAUAUACCAUUUGUCAACUAUCCUGGGGCGAUCGAUUGCUUUAAAAAUCUUUCGGAAUUGAAUUGUGGUUCCGAAAUUAAUUCCGAACUUCUUUAUCGAUUAUCUCAAAUCUGUCAAAACUUACGAACGUUAAACGUAACCUUUGAUGAAUUCAUCUCAACCGGAUUGGUGGAUUUAAUCUCGGUUCAACAAAGAUUAAAUUGUUUACAAAUCUUUCAAACUUACAAGUGUGAGAGUUUUACGAGCAUCAUCCCAUCAUUCAAAAGUUUAUCACAAUCUUUAACUAAAUUUGAGUUAUAUGGUGGAAAUCAUCAUAAUCCCCCUUUAUCCUUCAUAACGCAAUUUACAAAUUUACGAGAAUUAAAUUUAUUAUUCAAUCACAGCGAUUAUUCCGUAGAUUUUCGGGAUGCCAUCUUUCCGAACCUGCGAAUUUUGAUUUUUAAAUAUUUUAGUCCAAGAUUCAUGUAUUUAAAUGAUUUUUUAAAGAUCAAUGGAAAGUAUUUGAGAGAACUUCAAAUAGGUAGAUCCAAUAAUUUGAUAAACUUGGCCAUAUCAAACUUUUGUUUGAAUUUAAAAUAUUUACGUACAAACUUUCUAUAUAAUGAGGAGAAAACGUUAAAACAAAUCUUUAAUAAUUGUAAUCAAUUAACGACACUCCAAAUUUCUUGUGAUAAUUUCUAUUUAAACGAAAUUGAAUUGCUAGAAAUUGUCGCGGAAAACUCGCCUAAAGGAUUUCAUGAAUUAAAAGUGUGCGCAUGUUUGAUCGGAACAAAGUUAUUUUCGAAAAGUUCACGAAGAACGAUUUUUACGGAAGAUUAUAUCCCGAAAAAAAUACUUUCAAUAAACCUUACGAUUGAAUCGAAUGCGACGGAUAUAGAUUAUACUACUAUUAAUGAAUUUAAAAAAUUGGGCAUAAUUAAAAAAUUUAAAGUGAUCGAGGAUAGUUAUUAA